AAAUUUUGUUUACUGUUGUUUGACUUCCCGUCUCUUUAAGCAUGUCUGAAGAUUCAUUUGAAGAUCAAUUGCAAGCUAUCCUUAAAGAGUGUAACAUUACCCCAGAAGACUUGAAAAGACCCUUUCCUCUUAAAGAUGCUGUUGUAAUAGCCAAGGACUUCUCAGAAUGGCGCUUAACCAAUGGUCACCUCAACAUAACACUUGACGAAGUCAGAGCGAUAGAGGAGAACAACAAGAAUGAUGAGGAGCUUAUGAGGAAGUCAUAUAUGGAAAAAUGGAUCAGAAAAAAUGGAGAAAAGGCUAAUUAUGGCAUGCUACUUGAAGCAUUAAAGCUUAUUUCAAGAAUGGAUCUUGUGGAGAAAACAAUAUUUUUAUUAUCAAAACAGAUUAAGAAAGGUAACUUAGAUGCUCCUGAUGAUGGGUUAGCUUCAGACAGUGGUGGAGAAGUUAAGGAGGAAGACAUGAGAUUUCUUUGUGGCUGUGGAGAGUGUUCAUUAUCUAGUUUUUUGAAGAACGGAUGUCCAAAUCCAUGGGAAAACUCUCGAUUUCCUCUCCUAAACGUCAAAAAGCUAAGCAAAAGACUACGACUAGAGUUAUUGGCUCGAUUGGAUAAAGAUGCUGAACAAAUUUCGUUAGAUUUUUCUUCUUUAAUGGUAGAUGUUUACAGGUGUCUAAAAGAUAUUGAUGUUAAGGAACUUGUGCUUUACCUAAUGCCUCAGCAAAAGUUUUUAUACAUGGAUGAAAAUGAUCGCAAGGAGCUGUUUUCUAAGCUUAAGACAGCUAAAGAUGCUGGAGAAGUAUUGACUUUGCUAGCAGAAAGCUACAUGAGCUGGUUUAAUCAUCCACUCUUGGGUACUAUUGCUAAGAAGUUCAAUGCAUGCAAAGCUGAUUAUGAUAAGUAUGUUAACGAAGUUUUCAAUCCCUACAUAAAGAGAUGCUUAUUUGAGGUGCCUUCCAGCAUAGAUGAAAGGCCUGUUGGAUCAGGAAAGUUUGUUCUUAAAGUUACGACCUCACACCACCUUGAACAUAAGGAUAAAACCAAAGCUGAGAUUCUACUUCCUUUAAGGCGUCAUGUGUCAGAGGCCUGUGGCAUAUCUAUUGACUCUUUUGACAUCUGCUCAUACAACAAAGGCUGUCUACGAGUUGAGGUUGCUGUUCCAUUAGCUUUACUGGAGGAGAUUUUCCCAUUGCCUACAGAAGUUUGUAGCAUGCUUUCUUCCUUUGCAUAUGAAGGUGCUCGGAUUAAAUCAGUAUUAUUUAGAGAGCAUCAUCAUGCUAUUUCUGAAAAAAAAUUUCCAGAUAGUACUCCUAUCAGCAUUGGAGACACAUCCUUCAGAGAUUGUGGUCAUGUUUUUGCUAUUCCUGGAAAAAAAUUGCCAGACAGCACUUUUAUGAGCACAACUGUCCUGACUGAUAUCAUCAACAGUUUUGCUUCCUUGAUAGUAGAGCUUUACAAAAGUAUUAAGAAUAAAUUUUCUGAAGCCAAGCUUUAUCUUCAGACAAGUAUUUACGUGUUUCAAAAUAGAGCUCAUCCAGGGCAAUUGUUUGAAGGUAUUGAAAGUGAAAUUAAGAAUGCUGAAACAGCAGCAGAUUUGACGAUUGCUCUCAAUUCCUUCUGGUCAUUUUUUAAUUAUUUUCUUCUCUACAAAAUGAUUCGGAAGUUUUGUAGUAGCGAUGUUAUAACAACAACUCUUUCUAAGUAUGUCAAUUUUAUUGAAGAAGUUCCCCCUGGACAAUAUCCACCUCUUAUUCAACCAUUUACUAAAGGCGAAUGCUUUCAUACUGACCUUUUGAUACUGAAAUUGAGAGAAAGUACCAUUAAUGGAGAUAUUCUUUAUCAGAUUCAUAGGUCUGUUGCUCGCUGGCUUGUUAUUGAAUCUCAUGCACUUCUUCUUAAAAGAAUUAAAAAAGGAACUAAUGAAUUAGAAUUUUUAAUUCCCAAAUGUCUUGCUGUUACAUCUGAUAUGCCAUUUCCACCUCAACUUUUAGAGCUACCCGUUCUUAGCAUUUCAUUUCAAGAACAAGUCAUUGAAUGUAGUGAAAAAAGAAGCAAAAUAGAGUCAGAAGUUGAGUCUGGAUUUCAUUCUGGUUCUACUGAAGAUGAAAGUAGUUCUUAUAUGGCUGAGUCAGAGUCUGAUAAUAGUGGCAUGCAUAUUCAUCAUCAAAGCAAAUCACUCUGGGUCCGAAAGAUGAAAGUUAAACCUCCUGUACCAGUCCAGUCAACUGAACAUUUCUUAGCUUUUCAAUAUAAUCCAAAUGCUCCUCCUUUUAUUCCACAAGCUGGUCCUAUUUAUGGAGAUUUAUUGCCUGCUUUUGAUUUUUAUCAGAGGCCAAGUGCCCAACUUCAUAAUGUCACAAAUGAGGUACUUGAAUCUUUACAAAAUGAAGAGGCUGCUUCUGAACUUCAUAGUCAUACAAGGCUCAAAACUUUCCAAGAGUUGGAAAAUUGGAAAAUUAGUUUUCAGUCACGUUUAGAGAACACUACAUUACAAGAAACAGAGGUUGAAGCUGAGCUGACAGUAGCUAAUUAUCGGAACAAGUUCUAUUAUUUACUUUGUUAUGAGGAAUCAGCUCACAUUAGGCUGCUUAAUGAAAAGUGUAAUGGUGAAUAUAAUUUCAUUUUGAUGGAAAAGAAAAGUGGUGUUUAUGUUGCUAGUAUUAAAGGAAUGGAUGGAAACAGAAUACAAUAUGCAACACAAGCCAGUGAAGCUGUCUUCAUCUUGGAUUGCGAAACAAGAGAAGAGAUAUGCAAAGCUGAUGUUUUGCCAAUAAAUUAUCACAGUAUUAAUGAUGAGCUUUUACUGCAGCUAUCUUCCUCAGCUAUGGCUACAUUUAAGCAAAGGAUAGGUAAAGAUAGCUGCAAGAUUUAUGCUGAAUUUGAAGUGAAGCACAACUAUUUUGACACUUUGCACAAAGCUGUUGUUGACAUACCUCACUCUAUGAUAUUAAAGGUGGUACCGUCACAGGAAAGCACUCCCAAAAGUUUAUCAAUGAAAUGCAAAGCAAAGCCUCGUCAUAAGAAACAUUUGAAUCUUGAUGAUACAGGUCAAAUGCAAGCUCUGGAUUUAAUUUUGAAUAGUUCAUCUAGUGUUCCUGUUAUUGUCACUGGUCCAUUUGGAUCAGGUAAAACAAAAUUAUUGGGCCAUGCUGCUUAUGAAUUUGUUAACGAUGGAUUGGCCUUUAAAAAGCCUACAAGAGUACUAAUUUGUGCACAUCAUUACUACACAAUUGAAACGAUUACUAAAAUAUUGGCUCAAGAAUUGCAAAUGAAGCCUGGAGUUACAGUUGUCAAAAUUGUGCCGAAUGAUUUCAAAAGAGAAUCAUCAAAUAUAGUUUACUGUAACAUUAGUAACUUUACAACUGAUGUGAAACGAGGUCGUUAUUUUCAUGACCAGAUCUUAGUUGUCAUCACUACGUACACAAUGUCGUUACAAGUUGCUAGUGUCCUCAGUUCAAAUUAUUGUCCUUUUCGUUUUACCCAUAUUCUUCUUGAUGAAGCAGCUCAAGUUAGAGAACCAGAAUGUAUUGCUGCUCUUGCAUUAGGUGAUAAAACUACUAAAGUUGUUUUGGCUGGAGACAGUAAACAAGAUGGCCCCUCUGUGGUUGUUUUGGGCGACAUUGCUAGGGAAAACGGAUUAAAAAUGUCAUUACUGGAAAGACUUGAAAGGCAAUACGAUGAAAUUGGAGGAACACUGCCUCUCAUUCACUUAGAUGUCAAUUAUCGCUGUCAUCCAAUGCUGACCCAAUUUUUGGCUGAGGUUGUUUAUAAAUAUCCCAUUAAAUCAGCUGCUAAUUGUUCAACAAGAACAGCUUGCCCUUGUUUAUUUCACUGCUGUCACAUUAAUUCUGAUGUGCCAUCAAAUGCAAUUGCGAUGGAAAUUGAAGCAAAGGCAGUUAUAAGCUGGUUAGAGAAGCUUGAAUCUGAAGCAAAGAUACCCAAAGAUAAAAUAUUUGAAGAUAAUAUCUGUGUAGUAUCGUCCUUCAGAAAACAGUUAAACAUUAUUCAGAAGGAAAUGAAAGGGAAAUUUGAGCAUGUUUCACUAAAACCAACAUACACUAUACAAGGUCAUGAAUACAACAUUGUCAUAAUUAGUACCUAUGAGCCUUUAGAAGUGGAUGGGCGCUGCAGUGAUUCUACAAAGACAUUAGUAAAUCCUGGGAUAUUUAAUACUGUAGUCAGUCGGUCUAAGCAAUGUGUCAUUGCUGUGGGAAAUCCAUUCCGAUUAUUGGAUGCUGAGGAGAGAAUGGGUGUCACUUCUAAAUGCUGGAAGGAGUACAUUAAGUUCUGCAUUGAUAACAAUACGAUGAAUUAUUCACCUGGCCUUGAAGUGGAAGCAAAGUUUCUCAAAGCUAAAGUUGGAAUUGAUCCAUCUCAUCAAUUGGGAAGAUCACAUAGUGUCGAUUGUAAACCUAGUUCUCUUCCUUUCGAACGCACUCUGUCUGAUAGUACAGGCACUGGCACCAAAAAGGUAAAGUCAUCAGAAAAGGGAAGUAAAUCAACAUUAGGUGUGCCUGACACAAUUUCAAAGCAAUCAAAACCAACCAAAACUUCACUGGGGACAAGUAAGCACAAGAAAGACAAAGAAAGUCCAAUGAAAAUGUCUAUAUCAUCAGAAGAAGCAAAAAAGAUCAAGUCAACACUCAAACCAGAGCAAAAGCAUCCUUUGAAGAAAGGAUACUCUGAACAUGAAACUGAUAUUCGAAAUCCAAAGCACGAGGAUGUGCAGCACUCUCCAAUGACAGACAUGAGAUUUGUAGAUCAAUCAAAGCUUACAGCAUAUAGAAAACCUGAUUUGGUAGAUUCUUUUUUUGCUAGUGGUGGUAAACAGCGAAAGAAAAAGAAACAAAAGAAAAAUUCCAAAGCUACUAUUGAUUUUGAUCCCUUUUUUCAUGAGCCAUUAGUCAUUGAGACUGAACCUGAUUCAAAGUCUGUCAUGGCUAAUACAAGUUCCAAUUUUGUUAAGCCAGGUCUUUCUUAUGCAGAUGCUUCAAAGCCAAAGAAGGCAUUCACAAAUUAAAUUUUAAAUUUAUAAAAAUUAAUUAUUUUCUAUAAUUAUUUUUGCUUUUGUAUAUUAAUAUGAUAUGAGUCAGCAAUGAGCUACAAUUGUUUAAAAAUAUUUUUUACACAUAGUUUGUACUAUCUAUACAUGAUGCAUUUCAUUUUGUUAUAAACAAUCCUUUAAAUUA